AUGCCAGAUACGUAUUCUGCAUGCCUUGCCGCCAACACUGACAUUGCAUUCAUCAUGCCGAUCUGCACCUUUGUGACAGGUAACCCAAAUAAGGUGAUUGAGGUCAACGCAAUUAUUGGCGAUUCGAUACCGGUCCAACCGCUCGCGCUCGACAUUCCCGAGAUCCAAGGAUCCCUAGAAGAAAUCGCGAAGGAUAAAUGCCAACGCGCUGCCCAAAUUAUCGAUGGACCAGUGAUUGUGGAAGAUUCGGCACUGGAGUUUAUUGCUAUGAAAAAACUCCCGGGACCAUACAUCAAAUACUUCUUGGAAUCCCUUGGAAAUGAUGGGCUGAAUAGACUCCUGGAGCCUUAUGAAGACAAGAGCGCCGAGGCUGUAUGCACGUUCGCGUUCUCCGCGGGGCCGACGAUGGAGCCGUUGAUUUUUCAAGGAAGACUGAAGGGGAAAAUUGUACCUGCUCGCGGUCCACCUGUAUUCGGCUGGGAGCCAAUCUUCGAACAUGAGGGCGAAACUUUGGCAGAGAUGCCACAUGAGAAAAAGAACAAGCUUUCACAUCGAUACAAGGCCCUUGCCAAAUUCCAGGCAUGGUUAUCCCACGGUCAAAACCGAAUUGUCUAUUUUGGAGAUCACCGAGAAUCACAAGAUCGACCGCUCUGGGAUUGA